GGCUAGUUUAGCUUGACGGCCAAGUCGAGAAAGAACAAAAAAAAUGUACUCGUCUGAGGAUAAAAACAAGUGCAGAGCUUUUCUGAAAAAGCACCACACCGUGUCUGUGUUCUCUCUUUAGAACCGGGAUGUGAGCCGUCGGAAGCAAAACUUAAAUAAAUAAAUACAUAAAUAAAUAAAACAAUAGUUGUAAGCGCUCUGCCUGGCUUUACUUUCCACUUUGGCUAGUAUAAAUCACUAUCACUAAACUGGACGCUAUCAUUCUAACGCAACCAACAACAAUAAAACUGGGAUUACAGUAGAAGGCACGGCAAGGGCUGAACCGGUGGCCAGGGACUGACCCACAGCAGGAAGGUCGCCAUGUGGAGCUGCGUGAGCUCCAACGAGACAGACGACAGCUCGGACCAGCGGCUCUGCCAAGAUUUGGGUCUCAUCCUGUCCUUCUCCUCGCUCUUCUACCUCAUCGUCUGCUUCCCCAUCAGCCUGUGCUACAACGCCCUGCUGGUGACCGUCAAUCUCUGCAACAAGGUGUCCAUGACCAUGCCAGACGUCUACUUUGUCAACAUCGCCAUCGCGGGACUCGUGCUCAACAUGGUAGCGCCGGUGCAGCUGCUGGGCCCCGGCUACACCCACUGGGCCACGUGGGACUUCAACAACGAGGUGUACAUCACCCUGCUCAUUCUGUUCAACAUUUCCUCUCUGGUGAUCAUGUACUCCACCACACUGCUGAGCCUGGACUACUACAUCGAGCGCGCCCUGCCCAGGACCUACAUGUCCAGCGUCUACAACACCAAGCACGUCUGCGGGUUCAUCUGGGGCGGGGCGGUGCUCACCAGUUUCUCGUCCCUCCUGUUUUACGUCUGUAACCACGUCUCCACCAAGAUCAUAGAGUGCUCCAAGAUGCAGAACAAAGAGGCAGCGGACGCCAUCAUGAUGUUCAUCGGGUACGUCGUGCCCGCCAUAGCGGUGUUCUACGCUUUGGUGUUGAUACUGAGGAUCCGGAAAGAGUCGACGCCCCUCGAUCAGGACUCUGGGAGGCUGGACCCUUCAGUGCACAGGCUGCUGCUGGUCUCCGUCGGUGUGCAGUUCGCUCUGUGGACGCCUUACUACGCAACGCUUUUGGUGCACAUGCUUUCCGGGAUUCAAGGAAGGCACCUUCACGGACAGCACUUGAGAAUGUAUUACUUCGUUAGGGGUUUGUCCAAACUGUUGGCUUUCUCAAGCAGCUUCGCCAUGCCUCUGAUGUACAGGCACAUGAACAAGAACUUCUCAUGGAAGCUGCGACGGCUCCUGAACAAGCUGCACUGUGGGAAGCAGGGCUGCUCCCAGGAGAGAUCUCCAGAGCAGCAGGUGGUUACCUGAAGAACCAGGAGCUGUGCAAGUAUACUUAAAACACACAGAACUAAAACUUAAGUCUAUGCAGGAAUAACCACAUUGAGAGAUGGUGUUGGAGACAGACGUAAAUAAGUAAGUAGUCAUCUCUGGAAAAUCAUGGUAAAUUAAAGAAGAAAAAUGUGGCACAAGCGUGCUUGUAAUAUACCGGCAACACCUGGUAUGUACCAUCACUCAGUGAGGUAUUUCAAAGGUUGAACUUUUCUCUGAGCUAGCCACUUGCAAGAAACCACUAAGUGCUGUUUUAGUUUGAGAGAGAGAGAGAGAGAGAGAGAGAGAGAGAUCAGGCAGGACAGCUCUGCAAGGCAGGCGCCACUCUAAUGCGUGCACCAAGAGUGCAGACCCAAGUUUUUACAAUGCACACACCUCACAGGUUUCCUAUAUAUCCCGACUCAGGAAAGGAGAGCUCGAUGGUUUUACUUAAUGUGCAAAGCAAAAUGCCAAACCAGUUUGAUAGAGUGCUGACAACGAGCGCUUCAGCCAAAACUGACUGCCAAGGGGAGAAUUUAUUAGCAGGCAUUCUGGGAAGAACUUUUAAAACAAAUGUAGUGGAGAGUGUACUGGAUGCUCUUUGUAGUGCAGAUAAGGCGUUGGAGUUUCCUGGGAUAAUGUAACAGUUUGCACAACAAUCCCACCUAAAUCGUGUUUUUGGAUGGCUGUCUGGCUUGCUUUCCUACCUUUGGAAUGCAUCAUUUCUGGGCAUUGCGUUCUGUUUGUGUUGCUAAGACGCAGCAGUUAAAAAAAAAAAAAAAAAAAAUUACCAAGAAACUAAAGUCACACACACAAAAACGUGUUGGCUUGUGCCUUCAGCAGCUUAAACCAGUGUAAGUCAGGGAUGAAGGCACUGCCCGGAAUGUUUGUCUACAAGAUUGGUUUUUUUCAUUAUUUAUUUAUUUAUUUAUUUAAUGUUUUUUGAUUGGUUAUUUUUGAAGGUAUGGAUGAAAUUCUACUUCUGCUACUUCUGAUUAAAGUUCCACAGUAUAACUGGAGUGCACUAGGGCCCCCUCUUGUCCUCUGUCAGAUAUUAAGAUCAGUUAGAAUCUCAUGAAAUAAUUUAGGGGUUACAGUAACCCUGCGUUCUACCACCAAAACAAACCCCUCUGUUUCAGGCUGAAGAUGGACUUCUGGAAAACACAAUGGUUCAACAGUAAUAGCAGCAAUCCUAAUAAACAUUUUAGAUGAGCAAUGGCUUCCUGGCCUUGCCUGUAACAAUGCUAUAAAAUCAGGGGUCCUUUCUGAACAACCUCGGUUCUUGUUAACUACAGGAAGGUCAACAGUAGUGUUGUCAGUAGGCUUAACCCCUUUCAUGACCACGUUCAAAUUAUUAUUACAUUUUAUUAUUAUUUUUUAAAAAGACCAAAUUAGGUGAUCUGGUCCUUCCCGUCUCUCUGGCCCCUGUGUCUCUGCCUUUACAGCAAAACAAAGACAGCACAUUGAAUUAACCAUCUUUGAUCCACUGACCACUGAAGAUAUGAAUGCUUUCAUGUCUGUAGAUUAUAAAUGAGCCAAUAAAAGUAAAAUGUUUGUAUAUUAAAAAAAUAAAAAGUACUGUAUAUUUGAAGUGUCUUUUUUUUUUUUUUAAACCCAUGGAUGUAAAAUGAAAAAGUCUAGAAUUUAAAUUUAUAAGCUUUUUAAUGUAAAAUCAUUUCCAGGAUGUGAAUGCUACUGUAUAUAUAAAAUACAAAGCGUGUGUAUAUUGUCUGUUAGAUACUCACCAGAAAGAGUGCCCUUGAAAUACAGUAUUAUUUCUCACAGAGCUAUAUUUAGUUACUUUUGUGUUGAUUACCCACUAUGUUGUUCUUAUAUUGAUCUGCAGUCUGUCAAACCAAUAAACUAACAGUAAUAUUUCA